ACGAUGACGACGACGAAGAUGACGGCGGGAUGUUGGGGGACGCGGGGAACGCGACGGGAAUGAGAAAAGUCUCCAAGAAAUAUGAAAAGCUCCGUAUGUACAAAAUGUAUGUGUACUGCCAAUUUUCCGGAAACAUAUUUUCCAGAAGAUACAAAUCUUUAUCAGUUUAGUUUGUUACCGACAGCUAUCGCUACGAACAACCACGAACAACAUAUCAAAACAUCGAGAACCACUGGACCGAAAAUGGCGGUUCUGUUUCGAUCUGUAAGGCAAUUUGGGAAAAAUUUGAUUUUCUCAGAAUCAUGUAAUAGAAGUAUAUCGCUGUCUGCAACUACACAUUUAAGAAAAAUAAUUGAGAAGAAAGAUGAUAAGGUCUUAACUAUCGAAGCUGUAAGAGUGCCACAGGAAAAGGAGCAUCUGUUAUUAAAGUUAAACUCCAAUGCGUGUCCUCUUUGCGCCACAGGACUUGACGUUAAACAUACUGAUAUUCUUAUUCUAAAACAAUUUUUGCGAUCAAAUGGAACCGUACUACCACGUAGAGUAACUGGCUUGUGUAAGGUGCAACAGAAUAAAAUUUCCAUUUUGGUGACUAUGGCUAAAAGAGCAGGCUUGUUACCAGACAGAAUGUCGAAACAGAUUUUGGCUACAGAAAAAUGGAGACAAUACAACACGUAUUUCGAUGAGGCUACUAUACGAUAUAACAAUACGAUAUACAAAUAUAAAAGAUAGGAAAUGUACAGAAUUGAAUAGCAUAUUUUAUUUACUCAAUUGAGUACCAUU